AGAUCGGCUGUUGUAGCCAAUCACGUUGCAGGUUCUUCCAACUCACGUCAUUGCGUUUUUUUUCCUCGUCUUGUAAACACGUGUACACCGUGGUGUGUGUGGAAAUUUAAAAACCUAACUCAAACUACGUGUUGAUAACAACAUCCUCAAAAUGGCAAAAAGCCUACGGAGCAAAUGGAAGCGGAAGAUGCGCGCAGAGAAGAGGAAGAAAAAUGCUCCUAAGGAGCUGGCUCGUCUGAAACAGGCUCUGAAUCUGGACAAGAAAGGAGAAGCUGCCAUGACUGAUGUGCAGGAAAUCGCCACUGUGGUGCCAGCUGACAAGAUCAAGAAGACGGAUGUUGACAUGGCAGAGGCAGAGGGUGACGAUGGGAAGAUGGACAUGGAUAGCAAGCGCAACAAGGCAACACUGUUGGAUGAAAAUGGACAGUACCCUGCGUGGAUGAGCCAGCGGCAAGCCAAGAAACUGAAAGGCAAACGGAUGGCGAAGAAAGGCGGCAAGGGCAAGAAGAAGGGUAUCGCCUGGUGAACCUGAGGAGAACAAAAGACCUUUGCUUUGCUUUAAAGACUUUUGAUGCAGAAACACAGGAGGAUCAUUUCAUGUAUUGAUUAAUGCGUGAUAACUGUCACCUUCUGUUAUUGGAUCUCAUUCACUUCAGUGGAUUACAAGAUUCAUGGUCGUGCCACAGAGCCUGUUAUUGUAAAGUAAUUCACUGAAGGAGCGUGUUUGUUCUUAUGGAACAGCAGCACCACCUUAAUGUUAGGAGGCAAGUUUUAAGGAAAUAAGACUCAUGCAAAAUGUGUCUCCCCUUAGCUUGUCUUAAUACAGCAUAACAGUGCAGGUGAUAGGUAUAUAUUCUCUAUUACAAUUUAAAUCUUUUCAUAUUCUGAUAAAAAAAAAAAAAGAUUUACAGAUUCAUGUCUUGCAUUGUUCAAUAUAGGUAUUUGUUUAAAGGGGCAGCCUCGUGGCUCAGGUUCAACUUAAGGGAGACUGAGGACAUUUGUUGCAUUUUCUCAUUUCGUGUUAUCUCUGUUGUCAGACUCUAAAUUAAUGCAGAAUAUUUUUCAGAUUUUGCUGCAUAUGCCACGAUAUAGAAGGUAUACGCAAAACCAUUAUUGAAUGAACUGUGUUGUAGAUAAACCUUUCACAUGUAAAAACAGUAACUUCAUUUGUUUUGUUUUUUCAGUUUUUAACAACAAUUUGUUUCGCCACAUAUGAUCAUGAUAAACUACAAUUCCAGUGAAAAAUGAUAACAGCUGUAAUGUUACUGUAAAUUGACAGUGAUGAAACAUGGAUAGUAAUAAAGGAUGUUGCUGUACAAACAACACAAA